AUGUCUGAAUCUCAGAAAAAUGGCAUUCCCACGGACAAUCCUCCUUCCUACGAACCUCUUUCAAUCCCUCCUCCCACAGGGGUACAAGCAGGCACAGCACCUCCACCUGGACGCCGCCCCCUCCGUCCGCCGCCCCCGUUAGAACUCCCCGCCCUUAACCUCUUGCGAAACAAACGAAUCAUUCUCGCCUCCCAAUCCCCUCGCCGCAAACAGCUGCUCGCUCAAAUCGGCCUGCAUACCGUUGAAAUAAUCCCCUCGAAGUUUGCGGAGAAUCUUCCCAGAACACUUUCCCCGUUCGAAUAUGUUCUCGCUACUGCAACGCAAAAGGCAUUGGCCGUCUAUAAACAGGAAGUGAACAAUGAAGAGAAGGGCGAGCCUGGAUUGAUCAUUGCGGCGGAUACGAUUGUUGUGAGUUCGCUGGGAGAGAUAUUGGAGAAACCGACGAGUGAGGCACAUCACAUCGCCAUGUUAAAAGGGCUGAGGGAUUCGGGGUUGCAUAAAGUCUACACCGCCGUCUGCGUCAUCACCCCUCUAGAAAGCGCAAGAGAUCCGGGGUACGCUAUCGAGUCCACGACGGAGGAAACCACCGUGAAAUUCGAUUCGGAGGUCACGGAUGAAUUGCUUCUGGCAUAUGUAAGGACAAGAGAAGGAGCAGACAAAGCAGGCGGAUAUGGGAUACAAGGGACUGGGGCGAUUUUGGUGGAGAGGAUAGAGGGCAGCUUCGAUAAUGUGGUCGGCCUCCCAUUGAGGACAACGCUAAAGUUGAUUGAGAAGGUCAUGCAGCAGGCGGAGGAUGAUGAUGUCCUAGAGGGCGAGGGCGAGGAUUUGCUGGAGGAUGAGUAA